AUGCCGCAUCGCCAUCCCCCAUUGUCCCGACCAGACCACCCAGUCAACCCAUUCAAUGGGUUACCACAGAAUAUGAUGGACAUGAACAGUUUCUUUGCCAUGGCACAAAGCAUGCCUUGGAUGAGCCAAGGUCUCGACGGCGCAGCACCUCCCUUCAUCCCUCCUAUGAAUCCCGCGCUUUCUCACCAGAAUGUUCGACCGAUGAGUACUAUGGCUGGACUACCACAGCAACCCAUCGUACAAGUACCAGACUCUCGAAGAAGGAGAUCACCAACCAGAGAAAGCACACCGCCGGUCCAAGUUCCAGCCGCAACACAUGCAUACAUGCGGCAAGCAUCACAGGAGCCACGACAGUCUCCUUCCAAGCGUCCACUCCUUGUGAUCCUCGAUCUCAAUGGCACCCUCAUCUUCCGGAAAAAGCGCAUUUUUCCACCAAAGUUUGCCAGACGUGCUGGUCUGGACCAGUUCCUCGCUGCAUUGAUCAAGGAUUACUCCGUGAUGGUCUGGACAAGUUCUCAACCACCGACCAUGAAUGCAGUCUGUGAACAGAUCUUCCCGGGCGAGAUGCACGACAAAGUAGUCGCUUUAUGGGGACGUGAUAAAUUUGGCCUUACCCCGCGCCAAUACAACAACAAGCUCCAGGUCUACAAGCAACUCCAUAAAGUAUGGGACACGCCCAGCAUCCAGGCUGCAUUCCCUGGCAAUGAAGGUCUAAGCGAGGCCCCGGUCACUUCAGCUGCCACUACUCGAAGAGCCAUGGUGCAACGGGCAACCGAGCAGCUAAAGGCAAAGACCAACGCAAAGAAACUCAAACCCGGUCACAGAUGGGACCAAACCAACACUAUUUUGAUUGAUGACAGCAAGCUCAAAGCUCUCAGCGAGCCUUUCAAUAUUCUCGAGAUUCCAGAAUUCACCAACGACCCUAACAUUGAUGAAUCAACUCUCUUCGCGAAGAUCCUCCACCGUCUCGAUAUCCUCUCCCAUCAUGACGAUGUGAGCAAGGUUCUCCGUGUAUGGAACGAGCGCGUCGAGAAAGGGGAAGGAAGUAUCCUCGAUCUGGACCUUGGUCCUAUGGACGACCUUGAUCUAGAGGAUGGUGGGAUGACUCUUCCUACUGAAGAGAGCGCUGCUGUCACUGCUGAUACCGAUAUCACUAUUCCCCCCAAGGAACAGUUGCCGAAAGCCCAGCAACCAAUACUCACAGAGCAAGAAAAGCAAGACCAAAAGGCUGCUACCCGGCGAGCAAAGAAACUACGCCAAAAGGCUCGCAAGGCCGAGACACAAUUAAAGAAAGAUCAGAAGGCUGCUGCCGAAGCCGCCGGUUUAGAUAUUGAUCAGGAUUCUCUUGAUACUAUAACUUCUGCUACUACUACCGCGGCUACUAAUUCGGAUAAGAAGCAACGCCUGCCUCAUCAAUCCGGAUCCAACCUCCGCCGCCAGGGCUCAGCAAACGCCAUGCUCCAAGACUUGCCCGUGCCACUCGACGGUGUCAUGGACUCUGCUCUUCCAGAAGCAUCAUCAACCUCUGCCUCUACUGCCACUGCCACGGCUGAUGUGGCCUCUAGCGUUACUGAAGCCGGCGAGCUAGGGCUAGACCCCGAGACUGGUGCUGGAGCGGCUACUGCUGAUGCUGAUGCCAAUGCUGUGUACGAUUCUGAACCAGAAUAUCAGCUUAGAUCGCCUUCACCAGUGACUUCGGUUGCUUCGCAAAACUCUUUGCUUGAUAGACUCGAGGAAGGACUUGGCAUAAAGCGUUGA